AUGUUGAGCCUGCGGACCCGCUUCUGCAACUUCAAGCCUCCCACCCGCCGGCCGCGCCUGGUCCGCCCAGCCUUCCCUCCAGCCGCUGACCUCCGCGCUCCCGCCCCCGCCCCUCCGGCCGUGCCUCCCACCCACGCCCACUCGGGUCCGCGCAGGGCAGUCAUGGACCUGUGGGUUCUCCUGCCUCUUUUUGGGACCUUGAUAGGACCUGCCAUUGCGGAACCAUCCAAGAACCAGGAGUAUGACCCCUUCACUUAUGGUCGGCGUUGUCGUUGCAAGUUCAACCAGCAGCAGAGGACGGGCGAACCUGACGAGGAGGAAGGGACUCUGCGCAGUUCGAUCCGACAGAGGGGGGAGAGCGCGACUAGGAGGACCCCUGGACCUGGAAUCUGGCGUGCGGAGAGAGGCAGGUCAGAGGUGCGAGGUUUCCUCCCCACACCUCCCGCGUCGACCCACCUCUCCCUUUCCACUGGUCGCUCCCUCCCCACGUGGAGAGCAGAGAAAGCCAGAGCGAGGAAAACAACCCAGCUCCGCAUCUUCGCGCAGUCUUCUCCUCCGCUCGCUCGCUCCCUCCCAGGCUGGCUCUGCCGCAGUCGGAUCGCUCGUUGCUACGGAUCAGACCCGCCAAGGAGCAGCACCAUGGCUACCCCCGCGGCGCCCAACCCUGAUACCAACAGCCACAUGGACCCAUUCACCUAUGACUACGACACGCUGCGCAUGGUGGGGCUGGUCUUGGCCAUCGUCAUGUUUGUGCUGGGCAUCUUGAUAGCGCUGAGUAAAAAAUUCAGGUGCAAAAAAUCUGACCCCGACCUGUCGGACCCCAGGGCAGCAGGCAAGACCCCCACUCCAGCCGGCAGCGCGUAGGUGCCCUUGCCGAGAUGUGCUGCUCCCAACUGGCAGGGGGAUGAACUGCGCCCAGGACAUUUCUCCUGAGACCUUGGCACCUUGGCACCGACUGCCCGGGAGGGGGAGGGGCUCUCCGUUCUAUCCUCGACAAGGGAGGGGCAAUUUUAUAACCAGUUAGCUCUCGCGCUUCCAUUGCAUGAUGGGGGCAGGCACCUGGGCGGGGUUGGGGCACUACACAGGCCAUGUGGCAGCGCGGCCCGUCGGCCUGUCAGUCGCCGCUGGCACCCACACCGCCGGGGGGCUGGUUCCUGUACUCCACCCCAGAAAAAAAAAAAAAAAGGUCCCUUAACACUGCAAUAAAUGCCGCCUGCCGCCACCCUCCGAAAAAGAUCUCCUGGCGUGCCCCCGCGUGGGGCAUCGUAAACCCGCCCCCCACAUUGCUGCUACUGCUGCUGCUGCUUUGCUUUCCGUGCCCCCCACUGCGCUGUGAAGCCCAACGGCCAUCACAGCCCCAAGAGGGACUGGGGCUCCCCGAAGAGCCUCCCUGCUCCUGUGCCGGAAGCCAGGCCCUGCGUGGGAAGGGGGCGUGUGGGGUUUGGUCACCCGUGGAGCCCAGAGCAGGGCCCGCCUGGGGAGAAUGAGAAAGGGAGGGGUGCUUUGGGAUCCCCCCCUCUUCACUCCCCCCCCCCGGGGGUGCCGCCCACCGCUUCUUCUCACUGUGUGCCAUCCGCAUCUCCGUGUCUCAUCCACGCAUGGAGCAGAAUUGGACCCAUCAAUAAACGUGGGGUUUUCUAUCGAC